UCUAGUAAAAAACGAAUGAUAACAGCCACGCCCACACCAUUUUCUAUCCUAUUGAGUCUCUCUGAAACGACAAAAAUUGCAAUACAAACAUCAACACUUUCAACUUCAAUCCUGGAAACAGCAACAACGCAAUUGAUUGAUGUGAUGUUUACAUCGAGUGUGAUUUCUGACGUCAUAACGACGUCUUUCUUUGCUAUGCCUUCUCAUCCUAAUUCAUUUACUGCAUCAGGAUUUACUCAGACUAAACAAAUGGAGCGUCAAAGCCCACCAGUUCUGCCACUUCAAACUUCAGUCGUCACAUCACACUCAUUGGUUGAUAUAUUUGCCAUCGACUCGUCGAUGUUUACACAUGAAGUGGAGACGAGUCAAGAAAUUAUGAUUCUCAUUGUGUCUUCUACAUUUCUUGGUGGAUUCCAGACGUCUCCACGUGUGACAAGUUUGUCACUUGGAGAUCAAUUGCAAGCCACAAAAUCAGUUGUGAUAACAGCAAGUGCGUCUGCUGGAUUCGAACACGUCUCGUCGACUGUAGACUCUCCAUCCAAUUUGAGCAUCACACAAGCAUCAACAUCCAGUAUGUCAUUGUUGAAUAAUAUCAACAUGUCAACAGUUAGUCCACUGAUGAGUUUACCAACGAGUCUUACACGUCCGCCUACCAUCAAUGCAACAGAAAUGGUUGCAAACAGUUUCAGUCCGAUCGUAAAACCGUCGACAGCCGACAUCAAUUUUCAGUUGCUUCACAAUUAG